GUAUAAAUAGGUGCAUCGCGAGUUCAAUGGCCACUCAGAUCAUUAGCGAGAAAGCAAGCGAUUAGUUGUUUUGUUUCGGUGACUAGCUAAUUAAGCUCGCCGCUAAUCACUUGGGAUUAAGCUACUUGUUCGACGCUAAUCUCCACCAUUUGGUCUUGAAAAACACUAAUCACUUGUCUUAAUCCCUUUGGUUAGUAGCGUACUUGUGCUAAUGGCGAAGUCAUCGUCCCUCGUGACGAAGGUUUCGGCGCAGCGGCGGCGGCGAGUGCACCGUCCUCGCCGUUCUCCGACCAAGCCGGAGCGCUCUGCCGCCGCCGUGGCGCUGAGCCACGAGAAGAUUCUUCUCGCCGGCGUUGAUGCAGCCGCCGACAUGUUCGGUUCCCUCGCGGGUUGUCCCUCGUCGCCGGAGUAUCCGGUGGUGCCGGACAUGGACGACCGCUACGUCGACGGCGCCGUGGAUGACGCUCCGGCGGCGGCGGCGGGCCGACGCGCGUCGGACGAGACGCUGGCGGUGCACGCCGGGGAGAAGCUCGGGAGCGGCGCCGCUGAGACGGACUCGAUCGCGACGCCGAUCGUGAGCGGCACGACGCACUGGUUCAGGGACUCGGCGGACCUCAUCGCGUUCCGGGAAGGCCGGCGGCGGAGCUUCGAGUACGGGCGGUACGGCAACCCGACGGUGAAGGUGCUGGAGGAGAAGAUCAGCGCGCUGGAGAGGGCGGAGGCGACGCUGGUGACCUCCUCCGGUAUGAACGCCAUCGUCGCCACGCUGCUCGCCCUCGUCCCUCCCGGCGGCCACGUCGUCGCCACCGCCGACUGCUACAGCGAGGCCCGCGCAUUCAUCCGCGACAAGCUCUCCAACAUGGGCAUCACGUCGACGUUCGUCGAUCUUGACGACGACAUGGAGGCGCUGGAAUGUGUUCUUGAUGAGAGCGAGGUGACGAUGUUCUACGCCGACUCGAUGACGAACCCUCACCUGAAGGUCGUCGACGUGACACGCGUGGCGGAGCUGUGCCACCGGAGAGGCGCGCUGGUGUGCAUCGACAGCACGCUGGCAUCGCCCAUCAACCAGAAGCCGCUCGCCCUCGGCGCCGACGUGGUCCUCCACUCCGCCACCAAGUACAUCGCCGGCCACCACGACGUCAUCGCCGGCUGCGUCAGCGGCUCGGAGGCCCUCAUCUCGCGGAUCCGCGCGUGGCACCACGACCUCGGCGGCGCCAUCAGUCCGAACGCGGCGUACAUGAUCAUUCGGGGAUUGAAGACGAUUGCGCUGCGGGUGGAGGCGCAGAACAGGACGGCGCUGCGGAUGGCGCGGCUGCUGGAGAAGCACCCCAAGAUCGAGCGCGUCUACUACCCUGGGCUGGAGAGCAGCCUGUGGCACGGCGUCGCGACGAGGCAGAUGGCCGGCGCCGGCGGCGUGGUCAGCUUCGAUGUGGCGUCGGACUUGCGCGGCGUGAUGAGGUUCGUGGAUGCGCUGGAGUUGCCUCUCAUCGCAACGUCGCUCGGUGGAUGUGAAAGCCUUGUGCAGCAACCGGCCGUCAUGUCCUACUGGGGUAAGAGUGAGGAGGAGAAGGCGAAGAAUGGGAUCAAGGAUAAUUUUGUGAGGUUCAGUUUUGGGAUUGAGAAGUUUGAGGAUCUCAGGGACGACAUACUCCAGGCCCUAGAGAAGAUUUAGUUUAGGGCUAGCAUUUAGUAACCUGAUUUAUAAUCUUGGAUUUUAGGCACACAAUUAAUUUGUUUAUUCUUCAAUUCAAUCGGGACAGUUCGUUUGCUCUAGGCUUUUUCUUCAAAGGAAGUUAUUUAACAUGCAUAUAGGAUUAAUUCUUUCAUUUGUAUACAAGGGAAAUGCUGAAAUAUAUAGACUAUUUUUUUUUUCAAACGGUUUACAGGAGAUGUUCUGUAGUACAGUGACUGAGAAAGAUGCAAAAUAAUAGAUGCAAUUAAUCCGA